AUGCAAGAGAGGAUAGACCGUCUACAACAAGAGCUCCGUGAAAAAAACGACGCAAGUAAAGAGCCACCCACUCCGCUAUUCUCAACUCCUUUCACCGACGACGUCAUGAACACGCAUUACUCGCAAGAUCUCAGGAUCCCGAUGAUGCGAACAUAUAUCGGGCGUUCUGACCCUCAAGAACACAUCGAUAUGUAUUACGGCAACAUGUUGAUGUUAGGGGUGAGCGACGCAGUCAUAUGCAGAGCCUUUUUCGCCAGAUUGGCUGGAAAAGCGGCCGAGUGGUUUAGAAAGUUGGAGCCAUGGUCGGUUGGAAAUUUCAGCCAGCUAGCUGACAAAUUUGUGAGACGAUUUGCAGUCAACAGAUUGAAGAAGAAGCCAUACACCUAUCUUAAUCUAGUCAAGCAGGGUGUGGGAGAAGCCUUGUCCGUUUUCUUACAAAGGUGGGAUCGUGAGGUCGAACAGGUAGAGCCAAUGGAAGAUCAGGCGGCAAUCCAAGCCUUCCUGACGUCACUUCGCUCCGGGGCACUCUAUUACGACCUCAUCGUCAAUCCCCCCAAGACCUACGAGGAAGCAAUCACCCGGGCCAGACACCAUGCCGACGCGACAGAGGCUAAUUUGGCCAAGAGACGGGAUGAGCAUCCAGUCAGUCGGGAUAGAAAUCAUGACCCAAGGAGGGACCGACAACGUUUCAAGCAACGUGGUCGACCGGAAGACGGACCGCGAUUCACUUCGUUAACCAGACCCCUAGUGGAAGUUUUGCAGUAUGCCGAACAGUGCAACCUGGUCCACCCGCCCGAACCAAUACCUGAAGGAACAGACAAGAACAAGUAUUGUGCUUUCCACAAGACCAAAGGCCAUGAUACGGCGAAAUGCAUAGCCCUACGCCUGGUGAUUGAACAACUCAUUCAGAAUGGAGAGUUGGAUCAGUUCGUGAAAAAGCACGAACGAGACGAGGAGAAGUUCAAGAAAAACGUGUGGAAAAGGAACCCCAAAGAGCAAUCUAAGGCGCCCGGUCCGCAUGGGUCAUCUGAUGAUAAGGCGACCGGAAAGAAACCUGUAAUCAACGUCAUCUAUGGAGGCCCAGAAGGCGGAGACUCUUCACGUCAAAGGAAGCAAUGGGCAAGAAAUUUGUAUGUCGGGUCGGUCCACUCGGAACCCCGAGAGAAAAAGAAGCGUGUAGAGCCAAUUUUCUUCACAGAUGAAGAUCUUCCUUUGCAUGGGGAAGCCCAUAGUGACUCACUUGUCAUCACGAUGGACAUCAAUGGGACGGAUGUCCAGCGAGUGCUAGUUGACACAGGAAGUUCGGUGAACAUCUUGUACUUCGACGUUUUCACCCGGUUGGGUCUGACGACCGACCAGCUGACUCCUAUUUGGACCCCGCUAUCAGGUUUCACCGGGGACUCCAUAAAGGCAGAGGGAGUCAUCAGUUUGAAUGUGGAAUUAGGCAUCCAACCAAAUAUCUUGAGGACUAUCAUGGAAUUUGUGGUGGUCAAAUUAAAAUGUGUUCACAACGCAAUACUCGGUUGA